UUGUCUUCCUACUUCCCACUUCUCUCUGACCUGACCGGCCAAAAUGUCUUCGGAAGUUCUUCCGGCUCCCGAUCAAACCCAUCCAAUAUCUCAGUCUCUACCAUCAUCUCCAUCAUAGACUCUCUAAAAUUCUUAAAGAUCUCUCUGAAUACAAUACUACUGUAUAUUCCAUCUUAUUACAUAUUGUUCCAAAAGUUGUCUACUAACUCACUGAUUCGAUCAGGUAUGCAUAUAUAUGGAGUACUAAAAGGUUUGGAAUUUCCUCAAUCUCUAGAAGGCAAGUUUACUGCCUUCCUCUUCGGUGAAACAGGGAAGACAAGGCAGUCUUCGUUUUCUGGGGAAUGAAUCGUGGGGUUGUUCUUGUUUUUGUUGUGUUCUUGUUUCUGCUGUUGGGUUUGUAAAAGAACCAGUAAUUUGAUAAUCUAAGUAAAAAUGUUAGAGAUUAAAAAAAUAAUAUAAAGGUAAUGAACUCCGUCCUUCUCUGUCGUCCUUCUCGGCCGUCCACUCCGUCCUUCUCUGUCAUCCAUCUUCCCGGUAGAAUGAACUUUGCUAAAACAAAGUUUACUUUGUUAGCCGGCAACAGGUAACAGGGACCACUGAACGAAGGAUAGAUACAAUGGUUGGGUUUUUUUAGGAUUAUUAAUAAUUGGGACCAUUUUGGGAAGACCGAGUAAAGGUCGGAUUAUUAGUGUCAAAUUUUCCUUGUAAAUUUGAUAUUUUGGAAUCAUAUACUCCGUAUAAUUUAAUGUGAUGCAAAAGGAAAUUAAACUCGAUCUAAUAUAAAGCCGUUUGAUAAUGCUAAAAUUUGCC